AUGACAGUGUCGAUGAUGUCACAGACGACUGAUUUUGGACCUUACGAAAAGCCACGAAUGCCUCGUAUGACCAUGGCCCUAGACACAAGCAUGCCGCAGACACUGGAGCGUCCAGCAUCUUUCGAGUCGGACAGCGUUAAUGACAAUGAUGAUAAUGAUACUACCCUCCGAUCAGAUUCCAGUAUUGAUGGGACACCGAUACAACUACCUCAGCGACCAGAUGUCGCCCUCACACGCGACGUGCAUUGGUUCAGCCCUCGUCAGCGAACUAAGUGCAUGUCGCCUUCGCACUUAAUGCCCAUCACCAAUCACGGACUCGCCUUGGCGUCUGUGCCCUUGCAUGUCAAAGAAAUAGGGCCGGCGCCACGAUCCGAGGAUCGUGUGCGUGCAGCUCAACGCAUGUUUCAUGCAGUGGCCAACUCAACAAGAAGGUCUCGGAAACUACAAUCUAAUGACCGUACACGCCCAAGCUUGUCUGCAAAUCCUCGACAGAAAAGAAUGCUGCAUGAUCCCUCUAAGGAUCCUCUCGAAUUUGUGCCGACCAUGGAUGGCACACAGCACUGCGUCAUUGCCACCGAUCGCAAUACCUUUGAAAUGGUCGUGACACCUCCCUCGCCGAGACCUGACGAGCACGAAUGGGAGCGCGGCUCCGUUGUCACGGGCGUCAGUAUUACAUCGCACAAAAUGGCGCAAAGUUUGCCGCCUCAGCAGCCGACACUCACGCUUCAGCCCCCACCUUUUGAGCUGGCACCAGGUCGUGCACUCCAAUUAGCGCGACGAAUAAAGCAGACCGGUCAGCAGGCACAAAUACAUCAACAGGCACGUGAGUCAGAAGUGGCUUCCGUGCGUACAUCGAUGCUGCACACUAUGCGAAAGUAUGCGCAGCAUCGUCAGAAAGUGUGGCAGUGUGAAAGAGGUGCCAAGGCGGCAGCGGCGCAUGGUACCUCGGAUCGAUAUACUCGUACGCCCGUGGCCGCCGAUGAUAUCAUGGCAUACAUAGCGAGGUGGAACCGUGGUGCAAACUCACCUACUUACAUUCCACCGAACAUUCGGCGCAUGGCUGCUCAUCAAAUGCGCUGUCGGUCCACGAUUCAUACGUAA